AUGAAGCAUUACUUUAGCCUCUUUUUGUUAGUUUCCUGGCAUCAUGUCUUGGCCCCGGUUCGUUCUGCACCUACGCCACUCUCUACGACUUCGAUGGGUGCGAUAAAAGCCGGAGAGCAGAUGCACAAUGGCCUGAGGUUCUCAGUCCCACAUGGAUUGGCCAGCCCGCUUCGUCGCCGAGCACUAUCAUCUAAUACCGUGCGGGCCGGGGAACGCAUGCAGGCCUUCUCUGCAGCGCCCGACAUCAGGGUUUCUGCAGAACAAAUGCGAUCUUCGGCGUCAUACUCCAGUUCGACGGUUCCCUCCCGCGGAGGAGGCAAUCCGGCCAACUUCGUCAAUUACGACCAAAGAACAUCCCCAGGCACAGGAAUGGCCUUUCGACAAUAUCCCAAUCAACUGCCCCCUGCUGUCCAACAAUCAUUUACAAAGGUCAAGAGCGGCCAACCGGCCCGCAACACCAUGUCGCCUGAGCUCAUUACUCAACAAAUCAGGGUGGCCGUUGGGAACAACCCGGGUCACUCGACUGCUACCCCCACAGGCACAGGAGCGUUCAUCCCAAGACAUCACCAAACGGAGCUUCCAGAUGGCACGCGACAACCAAGCACCGGCAGUGGAGGACGGUUGUCUUCUUCAACUUGGGUACCUGGUAAAUUAACACUGCCGGAGAAGGCGGCCGAACAGGCAAAGAUCAAUCAUGCAUUGCUGGAGAUCAAAGCGCCACAAGCACUCGGGGCACAACAACAAUUCUCGACGGGAAACCUCAUGCGUUCGACGGGUCCGGCAGACCGAAGAUGGUCCGGAGGCACUUUGUCGCGUUCGUUCGAUGACUCCGCCGCUAUCAACCGCCAGAUUGCGCCGUCUGAGGAGCGUCUGGGUGCGCGCACUACAAACAAUUACAAAGCCGUGAGACAGCCCAUCGGGAAAUCCGUUAAUCCUCCUCGGACAAAAAGCCUCGCCGGUCCCGUAUGGACCCAACUCGACAACUUGCAGAGCCCUGUGGACAGGAACGAGAUGAUUUCCGCGGUGUUCAAUGACCGGUGGCUUGGACAGGCUGGACCAGAGAGGACUGUUUCUGCGCCGACCAGAAGACUCGAUUCCAGAGGAGUAAGCGGCGUGACGGGUCAUUGA